AUGAAGAUAAGGGCUCUACAAGAGGAGAUUGAAAGCCUACGUGCCCUAGCCCAAGACCUGCAUGUCCGACUGAAAGUUACAUCCCUUCCUACAGUGCCUGCCAAUGAGCUCACAGUGAAGAAGCCAGCCAUGUCCCGAAAACAACAUCAUGACCCAUGGCACUGGCUUUCCUUGCUGCCUCAGACGAUUACAGAACUGCCUAGAAUGCUGUCUGAUGUAAUCCCAUCUCUUCAAAGCACGUCCUUUGCCGAGAACCGUGUGGUCUUCGAGCUAUGUGGAGCUACCGUACCCUCUGCUAUCUUGGACCACUGCGAGAUCACCAUAAACUCCGUAUUUGCCAAAUACCCUGCUGUAUACAAGAUAGGCAUCACUCGCAACCCAGUCGAACGCUGGCAGAUUGGAUAUGCCAAAGAGACCGCCCAUGCCUGGUCAGAAAUGAAGGUCUUGGUAGCUCUCGGUGAUCCAGUCGCCAUAGGAUUCGUGGAAGCCGCCCUCAUCCGCCGUUAUCAGGGCAGUCCGGGUAAUAUGAACAUUAGAAGGGGAGGGGAAGGGGUUGAUCUUUCAGGAGCUGGGCCCUAUUUUGCAUAUGUGGUUUACCGUUGCCUUGAAGCUCUUUCCUCGGUGGACCGGCAGCAGGUCAAGGAGGAGCAGAUUGAUGCUGACAUCAAGGCUCUCGAGGCUGAAAUCGAACGCGAGGAGUUCAAUGCAAAGCGUGGCACGAGGCCAGAGGUGGAACCCGACGACUCGGAUUGUGUGCUGUUGGAGAAUGACCAAGUGCUGCUUGUAGCCCUCAAGGAUCAGCUUGGCAGCCCCUCCCCAGGCCCAGGUACAGAGCACCAGAUGGCCCCUAUCCUAGAGGAUGCAUAUGACAUGGUUGUUUCGCCUGCAAAGCCGACGGAGCUGUUCCUAAGUCCUUACAGGCAACCGGAGUCGACUCCAUCGAAGACUCCCUCGAAGACUCCCUCGAAGACUCCUUAUGAUCCUGUGGCAGAUGCCGAAACCCAGCCCGGAAAGACCCCUCAGCGAAACAUCAACUUCCUGGACACUCUGGUCAUGGAGUCCCCAUGCUCUCCCUGCCCACCGACCGUGAUGGACCCCUAUGGGGACUGUCAGGUUGCAUCGCCUCCAGUUGCGACGAAUCCUGGGCAGCUUGCUGCUCCUUUGGAGGGUUCGGGUACGUCGGGUUCAAAGUUGGACUCAGACGAGACCCCAGGGCUAGUGUCGCUCGAGAAGCAGUUUGAAGCCUUAGGGUUGAGCAAGAACUCAGAGGAGUCACAGGUGGCUCUUCCGAGACCUCGUCUAAGGAUGCCGAAAUCGCCCAGCUGA